AUUCAGCCCGCUAAGUGCAUUUUUAAACAAAUCCGUUGACCCAAGAAGGAUGAAUAACAUUUGGAAAGCAGCGGUUGUCCUGAGUGCCUUCAUCGCAGCAGCACAAUGCCUGACCUGUCGUCGGUGCCCUGUUGGUAUAUUUGGGACGUGUCUGUUCGGAAGCGACAUCCAAUGCAACAAUUCUACUGAGAGCUGCUUCCGUGGAGAAGCACAGUUCAAUGCGACAGGGUCGUUGACCCUGCACAUCCGCGGCUGCCUGGACUCAGACCUGUGUGAGAAGACGCUGACUGGCAACAUACUGAGUGCUGGUUACACCAGCAGUUUCCAGUGCUGUACAACAAGUCUGUGUAACGGUGCCACGUCUGUGCAGCUCUCUCUGACUGCGGCUCUCUCUGCUGCCAUACUGGCCUCUCUGUGGGGCUUAUGGGAGUUGUAGUUUGUAGCCCCGUUCUC